AUGUUGGCUGUGAUUUCCGUCAGAUCUAUUGUUCCGGCGAAGCAAAUCGAAGAAGUUUUCUUGUAUUCCAUCAGAUCUGGAUGUCGAAGAUCUGGAGACAAACUAGAUUUGGACUUCAGAGCAGAAUCUGAAGAGGAAAAUUGUAGAUCUGAAGCUGAAAUUGUAGAUCUGGAGCCAACCGGAACUUGUGGAUCUGAUGGCGGUGGUUCAUCGGUGGUAGGAGGCGGCGGCGGUUCGCCGACGGUAGGAGGCGGUGGCAGUCAAGGGUGA